AUGGACCACACAUCCCCGACCUACAUGCUUGCUAAUUUAGCCCACUUACAUUCUGAACAACUUCUACAGGGCUUGAAUCUUCUUCGCCAGCAUCACGAACUCUGUGACAUCAUUCUUCGAGUAGGUGAUGUUAAAAUUCAUGCUCACAAAGUGGUACUUGCCAGCAUCAGCCCAUAUUUCAAAGCUAUGUUCACUGGAAACCUUUCUGAAAAAGAGAACAGUGAAGUUGAGUUUCAGUGCAUUGAUGAAACUGCUCUUCAGGCUAUUGUGGAGUAUGCCUAUACAGGGACUGUUUUUAUUUCUCAGGAUACAGUUGAAUCUCUCCUGCCAGCAGCAAACCUACUCCAGAUAAAACUUGUCCUGAAAGAAUGUUGUGCAUUUCUUGAAAGCCAACUUGAUCCUGGUAAUUGUAUUGGAAUUUCUCGUUUUGCAGAAACAUAUGGUUGUCACGACCUUUAUUUGGCAGCCACUAAAUACAUAUGCCAGAAUUUUGAAGCUGUUUGCCAGACUGAAGAGUUUUUUGAGCUUACACAUGCUGAUUUGGAUGAAAUUGUUUCUAAUGACUGUUUGAAUGUAGCUACUGAAGAGGCUGUUUUUUAUGCAUUAGAGUCUUGGAUCAAGUAUGAUGUACAAGAACGCCAGAAAUACUUAGCACAGCUGCUAAACAGUGUACGAUUACCAUUGUUGAGUGUUAAGUUUCUCACUAGACUAUAUGAAGCAAAUCAUCUUAUUCGUGAUGAUCGUACUUGUAAACAUCUUUUGAAUGAAGCCCUAAAGUAUCACUUUAUGCCUGAACAUAGACUGUCUCAUCAAACAGUCUUGAUGACACGACCUCGCUGUGCACCCAAAGUACUUUGUGCAGUAGGAGGGAAAUCUGGACUCUUUGCCUGUUUGGAUAGUGUGGAGAUGUACUUUCCUCAGAAUGACUCUUGGAUUGGCUUGGCACCCCUAAACAUUCCUCGCUAUGAAUUUGGAAUAUGCGUUUUAGACCAAAAAGUGUAUGUUAUAGGUGGUAUUGAAACUAAUGUGCGUCCUGGUGUCACUAUCAGAAAACAUGAAAAUUCAGUGGAAUGCUGGAAUCCUGAUACAAAUACCUGGACUUCUCUAGAGAGAAUGAAUGAGAGCCGAAGUACCCUUGGAGUAGUAGUACUUGCAGGAGAACUCUAUGCUUUAGGUGGUUAUGAUGGACAAUCUUAUUUACAAUCUGUAGAGAAGUAUAUUCCCAAAAUAAGAAAAUGGCAACCUGUGGCACCAAUGACUACAACAAGAAGUUGUUUUGCUGCAGCCGUAUUGGAUGGAAUGAUAUAUGCCAUUGGUGGAUAUGGUCCUGCCCACAUGAAUAGUGGGGGGAGAGGAAGAGUAGAAUUGGAGAGGAGAGGAGUUGGUGCUGCAGUAAUCGAUAACUACCUUUAUGUAGUUGGUGGUCACUCAGGGUCUUCCUAUCUGAAUACAGUGCAGAAAUAUGACCCUAUCUCAGAUACAUGGCUGGAUUCAGCUGGCAUGAUAUACUGUCGCUGCAACUUUGGAUUAACUGCACUUUGACAAGUGUGAACUCUUCGAAAUAGUGUGAUAGCAAAACUUGUGCUGCAUGAAAGGAUGCCCAGUUUUCUGAAACCCACAAGCUGCAUUGCAUUCUUUUUAACUUGAAGUGGCAUGAAGACUCAAAGUUUUGUUGGGUACUUUGAAUUGACAAGUAAUUUUGGUUGCUCUUGA